UGUUGGCAGCAGUGUCGGCUGUUGCAAAUGGUGGAUUGCGUUACUUUUUCUCGUGCUCCGUGUAAAAUAUUUACGUAAAAUAGUGUUAAUUUCGUGGUGCAGUGUUUCUGACUUACAGAAACAUGUCGGAAACACUGCCGAACAACAAAAAACAAGUGCCGAGGCAGUUGCGGGAACGCAAGCAACGGAAACUGUACUCGGAUGAAUGGGCUCUUGGUGAUGAUGAAGCAGAAGGUGGUCGUGGAUUUUCACUGGCUGACAAACUGGAGAGUCCCAGGUUUGAACACACCGGAGCUGUUAUUGAAAUGACUGGAUCAGAACUUACCAUUUCAUAUCUACAGAAAAAUGGCUUUACUACUCCGUUACUGUUCAAGGAGAAAAAUGGAUUGGGAUUGAGGGUACCUACAAGUAACUUCACAGUGAACGAUGUGCGUAUGUGCGUGGGUUCGCGCCGCCUUCUCGACGUCAUGGAUGUCAACACACAGAAGAACAUCGAGAUGACAAUGAAGGAUUGGCAGCGCUAUUACGAUGAUGCGAACAAAGAGCGCCUGUUGAACGUGAUCUCGCUGGAGUUCUCCCACACCCGCCUAGAGAACUAUGUACAGGCGCCGCGUAUAGUGCGCCUGAUCGACUGGGUGGACACCGUGUGGCCGCGACACCUCAAGGAUCUGCAGACGGAAUCCACUAAUGCUUUGGAUGAUAUGAUGUACCCCAAAGUACAGAAGUAUUGUCUCAUGUCCGUCAAGGGCUGUUACACGGACUUUCACAUCGACUUUGGCGGGACAUCGGUGUGGUACCACAUUCUGAGAGGUGCGAAAGUGUUCUGGCUGAUCCCGCCCACUGAGAAGAAUUUGCAGCUAUACGAGAAGUGGGUGUUGUCGGGCAAACAAUCGGAUGUGUUCUUCGGCGAUACAGUCGAGAAAUGUAUUCGUGUUCAUCUGCAAGCGGGACACACGUUCUUCAUCCCUACGGGGUGGAUCCACGCGGUGUACACGCCCAGCGAUUCCCUCGUCUUCGGCGGUAACUUCCUACACCAGUUCGGUAUCGAGAAGCAGCUCAAAAUUGCACAGGUUGAAGAUGUCACCAAGGUGCCACAGAAGUUCCGGUACCCGUUCUUCACGGAGAUGCUGUGGUACGUGCUGGACCGCUACGUGAUAGCGCUGCUUGGCCGCACGCACCUCGCGCUGGAGGGCGCGGCCGCGCUCGCGCACGCGCCGCCCCUCGCCCCGCCCACGGACCACGUGCAUCUCACGCAGAACGAACUACACGGAUUGAAGGCGAUAGUGAUGUACCUACACCAGCUGCCGGCGGCGCGCAAGUCGGUGCCGGAGCUGCUGAGCGACCCCAUAGCGCUGGUGCGCGACGUGCGCACGCUCGUCGAGCAGCACCGCCACGACAAGCAGCACCUCGCCGUUACCGGAGUGCCCUUGCUUAAAGGUCCCGAGGAGACGACGACUGAGCGUCGUCAGUCGAGCGGUCGCGGCGGACGCGGCGGUCACCGCGGCACGCCCGCUCGCCCGCGACCCGACCAUGCCAACUCCGCGCCGCGCAGGCGACGCACCAGAUGCAAGAAGUGCGAGGCGUGCCUGCGUACGGACUGCGGCGAGUGCGUGUUCUGCCACGACAUGGUGAAGUUCGGCGGACAGGGCCGCGCCAAGCAGACCUGCGUCAUGCGACAGUGUCUGCAGCCGAUGUUGCCGGUGACGGCGUCGUGCGCGGUGUGCCACCUGGACGGCUGGAUGCAGACGCCGGUGGCGCCGCAAGCCAAGGGUAACUCCGGUCGCAACGGUCCGUCAGUGCUGCGCGAGUGCUCCGUGUGCUACAGCAUCGUGCACCCCGGCUGCGUGCCGCCCGGCGGGCAGCUCAACGAGGACCUGCCCAACUCCUGGGAGUGCCCCACUUGCACCAAUAUGGGACUCAACCACGACUACAAGCCCCGUCAUUUCCGUGCGCGUCAGAAGUCGUCAGACUUACGUCGUAUCAGUGUAGGCUCUGAUGUCAGUCAACUUGGACAUCAUAACAGUCUUCAGAACAAACUGCAGCUGCCCCCGCCUGCUCCCAGGCCUGUCAAGUCAGAAGCGGGCUCCGACAGCGAGGGGAAACACGACCCCUUGCAUCUUAAAUCUGAAGAUGAUAUAAAGCGCGAGGAGUGCGGGGAGGGUGUGGCGGAGGAGGGCUGGGAGCCGUCAGCCAAGAAGCGGCGCAGCAGCCACGAGGACGAGGCGCCCAAGAAGCAGGCGCUGCGGGCGCACCUCGCGCUGCAACUGACGCACCACUCCGGGAAGGUACGUCAUAAGAAUUUGAAGCGGCCUCUAUACCCGGUGCGGCCGGCGGGGUACUGCGGCGCGCAGCACGCGGGCGUGCCGUGGCUGGACCGCGACGCUAUGAUCGCCGUCUUCUCCAAGCUGACGCCCAUCGACCUCACCAACUGCUCCCUCGUCUGCAAGGCCUGGGCUGAGUACACGAUGGAGCCGAGCCUGUGGCGGCACAUGUCGUUCGUGCAGGUGCGCGUGUCUGCGGCGCAGCUGGCCGGCAUCGUGCGCCGCCAGCCGCACACGCUCGGCCUCGAGUGGUGCCAGCUGGCGCGCCGCCAGCUCGCCUGGUUGCUGGCCCGGCUGCCGACGCUGCGCACGCUGUCGCUGGCGGGCUCGCCGGCGGAGGCGGCGCUGGCGCUGCGGUCGCCGUCGUGUCCGCCGCUCACCUCGCUAGACCUGUCGUUCGCGCGCUGCCUCGACGACGCCAAGCUGCGCGGCGUGCUCGCCCCGCCCGAGGCGUCGCGGCCCGGCGGCGGCGCUCGCACCGGCGCCGAGCCAUCGCGCCUCGCCGCGCUCGCCGUGCUGCGCCUGCCCGGCACCGACAUCACCGACGUCGCCAUGCGAUACGUCGUACAGGCGCUACCGAAGCUGUGCGAGCUGGACGCGUCGUCGUGCGCUCGGCUGACGGACGCGGGCGCGGCGCAGUUGGCGCACCACGCGCUGCAGCGGCUGUCGCUGGCCGGCUGCCGCCUGCUCACUGAGGCCGCGCUCGACCACCUCGCGCGCUGCCCCAACCUCGUGCGUUUGGAUCUCCGACACGUGCCGUUGGUGUCGACGCAGGCGGUGAUCAAGUUCGCGGCCAAUUCGAAGCACAACCUACACGUGCAGGAUGUGAAGCUGGUGGAGCUGAGGAAGACCUGAUGCGAGACCGCGCCCGAGCCGGCGCCACAGCCCCAGACAGAGCCCCAGGCGACACCUGAGGGCCAGCCUGAGACUGCCGUGCUCGAGGCCCCGGCCCCUGAGGCCCAGCCGAAGUCCACUUCAGAGGUCCAGCCAGAGUCUGAUCCCAAGGUCCAGCCUGAGUCCACUCCCAAGGUCCAGCCUGAGACCCGAGACCCUGAGACUCCGGAGACAAUGGCAACUGAAUGACUUCCGUGAAUAUUGUGAUGUGUAGUGUAGUGUGUCAGUGUGUUGGUGGCAUAGGAUUGUGUGAUGUCAUUCUCAUUCAGUUCCGCAAUAGUUCUAGUCUAGUUCAGUUUACGUUAGGUAACUGACAUUAAUCUAAUUUUUCUAAAGGUAUUUUGUUAAUGUUUUUAUGUUGGUGCCCUUUUCCGUUUGAAAAGGCUCGAUGAACAAUCAGGGUAUUAAAUGUAACGAAAAAUUCAAAAUUUUUAUUAUGAGGCUUGUUUGUUCUGUACCAUGGCAUGUUACACAACAUAUCGAAAUUACUGGCUAUGCUAUCAACAUACGAUUGUAAAUAAAAGACUUAAAAUAAGCCUAAUGUGUAAUAUUGUUGAAGUGAUACAGUUUAAAAAAAUAUAUAUUAAAGCUCUCAAGUUGAGCAGAACAUUUUUAGUAUUUAAGAUGUAUGUAUGGAUUGUAUGGAUACAAUUCAGCUAUGACUAUAUUAAACCAAAUAUUGUAACCCUCAUGAGCACGUCACAUGUUAAAUUAAUUCUGAUGGGGUAUAGCCGAAUUAGUGCAAUAAGUUUUUGUACAGCGAUCCCGUUUCCACUGCCGUAACAUGUACAAUACGUCAUCCCUCCCACUGUAAAAAUAGAUAUGUCAUUCUAUACAAAUAUACCCUCGCUAUAUUGCGGUAAAAUGUGGAAGGAAAUGUAGAUGUGAGAUAUUUCUUAUAAUUUGACAAAACUUUAGUAUAUUCAAACCACAGGAUUUUAAAAUAGUUAAUGAGUAUCUGUAUACAUGACUAAAAAACCCUUUGUUACGAGACAAAACUAAAUUUUACUAGAUAUUUCAUCUGAUUUAUGAUCAUAUUCAGAGGUUUGGUGUUUUAGAUAGAUUUCACUAAAUCUACACUAAGGGAUUCCCUUAGUCACUGUACUCUGAGUGACAGAUUGUGGGAGUUUUAGUCAAUCUGUUAACAUUAGCAAUGUUUAAAGUUCAUUAGUUUUGAUAAUUUCAUUUUGUAAUUGUAAAGCCUUAAACAUGUGAUAUGCUUAUAUCAAGGAAUGUUUAAUUCUAGUUAGAUAUGUGAUAAUCGUCCUAAUUGCGAUAAUAUCUACAUAUUCUUUAUUUUAUAGCAUGAGACAAAAAAAAUUUGCAAGAUUUCAUGACAAAUGACAGACAGGUGAAACUAAAUAAAAAUUCAACAUAUUAUUUUUCUUUUCUAAUUAAUUGCACUUGCAUCCAGCAAUUGAAAAUUUUAA